CAAAAAUCACCGCUGACUGGCUAGGAUAACCGCUGUUUUCGCUUUGGAAUUCGAUUGUUCCUCGUCACGGCGGGUUUUCACUCCGUAAAAGUUUGGCUUUUUCUUAGCAGCACAUUGGGAUGGUCAGUUAAAGCGUAUCUCAUCGAGAAGCUGCUAGUUAGCAAAAUCAAAAAGGGGAAAAUAGCUAAACGAUGUCAAAGAAAGCGUGUUUUUUCCUCCUUGGCGUUGCGGUGUUCUACGUAGAGAUUGUUGCGAGCUGCGGACAUAAAGGGAACAAUUGGGAUCGCUUGCUGGUAAAUUUCUUUAAACCGACAGCCUUUCCCCUGACAGAGGACCAAGCUUUGAACGAAGGAUGGAUGAAUGACGCCACGUGUGAUUCCAAUAAUCCAUUUUAUGGCAACCGAUACGCCAAAGGAAGUGAUAUUUCCACGCGACUGUUGUUUGAUUCCAGUGGAAAACUGGCCGGUAUACAAGCAACGAUCACCGAAUCGGACGAUUUGAUUCCCUCACCGAUCCGACCCCGGUCAUCAGCGUUUGUCCCAGACGACCAUGGCAACUAUUUGCUCACGGCCUACUUCACCAACAAGCCGAAAGACAUCUGCAAGAAGAAGAGACAUCGACGCAGUGCGAAAGACGGGGACACUCUUGUCCUUCAAAUGAGUGACGUCAGAUGGUGCAAGCCCCAGUUCAUGGAAAUACCGCUGGACGAGAAGAAACUGGGCAACACCAAAUGGGUCAAGGGCAGAUGUUUCACAAGGAUGGGGGUCCACUACUGGUAUGAUAUUUCCCCAGAGAUGCAUUGUGAUCAGGUGCUGCCUGUGUUUCUGCUGUACGACCAGGCUUCUCAGCGGCUGAAGUCGUUUGGAUGGGCUACACUUGCAAAUAUCACAAGUCCCUUUUGGGAACACCCUCCUGCACAAUAUCUCCAGUUCUUUUUCAAGGUAGUGCCCAAAUGUGUGGCUAACCUGGCCCAACAGAAACUUAUUUCCACUCAGCAUGUCUAUCUCACUGAUCCAGCUCAACUAAUCUGUACCCCGCCAUGACCCCGUUGGCACGUGAUAGGUGGGCAGAGCACAGGACAAGUAUACAAGAGCACGUGUUGCACACAUGGUUUCAUAUAUUACACCAUCGUUUCCUGAACUGUGAAUAAACGAACAAAAUGAAAAAAGUGUCGAUGUGUUUUGUUUAUUUUCUCUAUCAGCAGAAAUAUUAAAAUUAUAGUUGUCCGACGUUUCGAUGUCGCUGAUGUCAUUGUCAAGGUGAAAAUGACAGUUUUAUCGCGGUGUUGAACUGAUAU